AGAUAGACAUGUUUCGCAAGGAUGCUCGUGUCUUCAAGGUCACCGUUUGGGACUCCAAGAAUCGCUCUGUUGCUAAACCCGCGCUUUUUAGCUGGCGCCGUGUAUGAGGUCAAGAAAAUCCACGGAGUGAAGUUCUACCACAACGUUCUCCAAGGCAGCGUUCAGGCUGUCGGUUCGCCGACGCCGGACAUCAUCGUGGAGUUUGGCAACUUUGAGUCGGCGAAGCGGGCACGCCUUGACAACAACGAAGAAGAUAAUCCCAACCCGGGUGACGAAGAGCAGAAAGAAAGAGAAGAGGUUGACGACGAAUUUGAGGAUAUGUUGUAGGCUACGGGUGGUACCGUGGCAUUUGCGAGAGCGGCAGAGGCUGACGAAAGAAGUUCAUUAGUUCAGAUAGGCUUCGAGAGUGUGUACCUGUUUUCCUUUCCACGUCUAGCAUUCAUUUACGUAAGAUCUCAUAAUAUUCUGGACUUUGAAUAAAAUUCUCGUUGCGUUUGGCU